AUGCAUUGCGAGCGAUUGCAAGAGUAUAAAGAGAAUAUUCCUCAAGAUCUGCCGAAGCAGCAUCCCACAUUCUCCGCUUUGUCCACGAAGUACAAAUAUCACGGGAAGCUCGGGCUUACCCCAACGCGACCGCAAUACAUCCGACCUUGCUGGAUGAACUUGUGGGGACAAUUCAGAAAACCUGAUAAUAAUGGCUUCUCCCUCCGUGAUUGGCAGCCAGGAAUGUGCACUCAGUUGAUCAUAGAGGCUGAAUGGCUACAGAAUGAGGUAGCGGGAAGGCCGACCAGCCAUGCAAACGCUGCCUCUGUAAGUAGCGAAUAUUGCUCCAAAAUCAAGGACUUGGCUGCGAAAAUGGGCGGCUCAAAGAUCCAAGAAUGGGCGACAGAAAAUUGCGAAUUGUUGAGAGUAGUCGCCGGGAUUGAUGAUUGCACCGAGUUUAUCGACAUGGUCAACUUAUGCACCUCCAAUUCGACUGUAUUCCACGAGGAAGACUCUUGGAUUGGUGCCAACUUUGUGCAAAAGAUGAUAUCCCUGAAGAAAAUAGAUCCGGAUCUAAUGGUGUUUCUCUCAAUUUCUGGACGGACUUUUGGAACAGCGACUUUUGAGGAGCUCAAAAUCAACACUCGCCGUAUUGAAUUCACCUACGCUUGCCUCAGCUUCCUAAAAACGGCUAACCUUGACGGAGUCGCUUUGGAUUGGUCGGAUUCGGCUGGAGAUACGAAGAAUUACGCUAGUUAUCUUCAGGAAUUCCAAACAGUCCUCAACGAAGCAAAUUCUAUAAAAAUUGGAUCACCGUAUCAAGUGGUAGCAAUUUUGCCUGGUGACAAGCAAUUGCUGUUUGAAAAUUAUGAUUUGAGACGAAUAUCAAGUGUCGAUUUGGUGGUCCUGAUGCCGUUCAAUAUCACCAGCAUGUUGACGGAUUCUGUCCAAAUUUGGCAUCAA